CUUGCUAGUCUGUCAGCGGAUGAGGGGCUUUCUGCCAUAAACUGGUGUAGGUUAAUAUCUCGUUCUAACUGCGUUGAACUUUAACACGGUUUCUCUUCAAGUAAGUUACACGAGUGAGACAGCGACGCCAAGGAUGGCUAGUUCAAGAAAAGUGGUCGAGUUUUUCUAUGAUAUUGUUUCUCCGUAUUCCUGGCUGGCAUUUGAAGUGCUGUGUCGCUAUAGACAUGUUUGGAACAUCGACCUCAAAUUUAAACCAGCAUAUUUAGGGGGAGUCAUGCAUGACUCGGGCAAUCGGCCCCCUGGAAUGGUCCCAAAUAAGUUUCAUUACAUGACCAAAGAUCUGGAGCGGGUGUCUGGCUAUUUUGGCGUUCCUUUGUAUCCACCUUCAAACGUUUUUGAGGCAAUAUUUGAGAAAGGCACUUUGAAUACCAUGCGUUUUGUGACAGCUGUAGCAGAGAAGGAAAAAGAGGGAGACAUGCUGGUGGAAAGGGUAUCUAGAGAGCUCUGGAAAAGAAUCUGGAGCACUGAUCAGGACGUUACCCAGCCUGCCUCCCUUACUGAGGCAGGAUUAAAAGCAGGUCUCUCGGCCAAUGAGUUGGAGGAAAUUCUGACCCUCUCCAAAUCUCAGCCAAUCAAAGACAAGCUGAAGAGUGUCACACAAGAAGCACUG